AUGGUUGGCAAACAUUGGACAAUUGCGAUCGAACCAUGGAAAGGACUCUGUCUGCCGAUAGCUGAUAGCGGAAAAGAAAAGCAUACUGUAGCAAAGUUUUUUCUUGGAUUUUUUUCUUCAAUUCUUGCCUACACAACAACAUUUCAAAGGAGAAAAGUCCGUGUUCGAAAAUGUCAGCGAAGCGAUAUUAAACAGCAAGUGUUGGUUAAAGCUUCGUCCAACACUAAACAACGUCUUACUGCAGCAGUAGCUGUUCUGGCGGACCUAUCGCGAAUCUUCGGGCAGAAGUUUACUGAACUGUUCAUCAUUCCCCAUUUGUCGUAUCUUUGUAUGGAUGCAAACUGGGGCGUUCGAAAGGCGGUUUGUGAAGUGUUCGUGGAAGUAGCACGUCAUGCCUCACCAAAUGUUCGACGAGUACAGCUGGCACAGACAUUUGUGAAACUGCUCCAUGAUCCAUCGCGUUGGGUGUGGUACACGGCAUUCCAGGAGCUGGGUCCCUUUAUCGCCACAUUCGCCAAUUCCAAGUUAUCUGGAUUGAAAAUAAAGGAUGGACAGGUUUGCGAAUCGGAUGGUCGGUGUGACUCAGAGAGCGUCGUCGCAGAUUCAGUAGACUUCGAAAAGCUACCGGCCGGAUGUUGUAUGCCUGAAAAAGACUCCGAGGAUGAUGAUGCAGAGGAUAGUGGCCAGGAAUCCGAUCCUCGCGAAGACGCUGAGCAAAUCAUUGAUGGGUUACAACAUAUGUUGGAUACGUGGACAGCUGGACACAAGAAAAACUCGACACGCAGCGCUCCACCCAGUGUCAUUGAGGAGGAACCUUCAAGUUCAUGUGAACACGUUGGCAUUGCAGCGAAAUGUAAUUCAUCCGAUGAUUUGUCAAAAGUUGGUCUAGAUGACGACGAUUUUGAUGACAAUGAUAUGGACUUACUUGACACUUCGAUGCGGCUAGGCUUGGACGAAAGCUUCGGGCUUGAUGACCGUAACGAUUCAAAACUAGCAGAGCCCUCGUCUAAUGUGCCUGAAGAUUUCACUCCAAUAUCGUACUGGGCAGAUUCAUAUGAAGGGUUCGCAGACAAUGAUGAACUAGUGGAAUUUGGUUCUGCAAAGUCUGUCCCAAGUGCACCUUCAUUUUUGGAGCGGCGGUAUGACGUCCUUUAUGUUUCACCCGAACGAACAGGAACACCAACAGCGAGCCCUCGUCGGUCACGAAACAGUCAUAGCUCAGAAACCGACGACAUCUCUUCUCUGUCACCGAGAACUUGCAAAACUUCGCGAACCUUAAGCGGCCAAGGGGAUGAGACAGAGCUGUUUGCUGACUGCAGAGGAGAGGAUGAUCUUGAUAAUGACGAGUCUUAUGAAGAAGACGAAACACAAGUUGGUGCCCGAUCGCUUACCACCAUAUCAGUUUUCAUUAAGAUUCCUUUGCAGAAGAUAGUUCCGCAAGAAUUGGUGGACAAUUUUAUGGGAAUGGUUCUGCCUGGAGGGAUGAUGGACUCUGAUAUCAAUCGGCAUUGCGCACACAACUUCCCUGCCGUAGCGUACACUCUCGGAAGAGCAAACUGGCCUCAGUUGAGGGACACCUACAAUAAACUCGCAACUGACGAUCAACUCAGAGUUCGCGUUUCGAUAGCAAAUUCGAUCCAUGAAAUGGCAGCUAUUGUUGGCGCACGACAUACAGACGAUGAUCUUCUCCCAGUAUUUCACGCGUACAGGGAGGAUGCGUUCGAAGUGCGUGUUGGGCUUCUGAAACAUCUCUUUGAGUUCUAUCGGUGUUUGUCGCCCGAGACACGGAAAGGUAUGAUCGACGCGCUUCCCCAGUUCAUGCCGAUGGAUAAUUCGAUGCUGAACGGUAACUGGAGGUAUAGACACGAGUUUGCAAAACAAUGCAACAAGCUUUGUGAGAUGUAUGGUAUUGAGGAGAUCAAUCGAACGAUGAGUGCAAUCGCCCUGACGCUGGCUAACGAUCGAGUUUCGGAAGUGCGGAAGGAAGCUGUUCAUCUUCUCUCACAAAUACUCGCCCGGCUAGUCGAUCAUGAAUGGUCUGACCUGGUCGGAAGUAUUGAGUCGAGUGAUUCUCCAACAGGCUCCACAUUGACUGAGCUCUUUAUCCAAGAUCUAGUUAAUGGUUUCGCAAAUACACAAAAAUGGACGCGAAGGCAAACGUUUGCUUACGUGUGUGAGCGAGUGUUACUAGAUCACUCAUUGUCAAUGGAACAGUUCCGAUUCUUCCUUUUACCUCAUUUAAUCUCAAUGGCUACCGACAGUGUUGUCAACGUCCGGAUUGCAGUUUGCCGAGCCCUUUCCCAUUGUGACUCAACACUGCAAUCGCAUGCUAUAGCGAGCGAUUCAAAGCGGUUAACGCCCUUGACUGUGAAGACUGUACUGGAUCGGCUGGCGAAUGACGACGAUAUGGAUGUAGCCAGAGCUGCUCGUUUGGCGUUGGGCCAAACCGUAGGCAACGAAACAGUGGACAUUUCAAUGAGAGGCUUUCGAAUUAGGGAAAAGGAGAACGCGAUGUUGGAUUCGCAACUAGUCGAUGAUUAUGAAGAAAACGAUAUGAGUUUGUGUUCUGAUUACAGUGAAAACUCACUUCGAAUGACUCAGGCAUUCCUGCCUCACAAUUCUAGUUAG